UGGUGGAUCUCCACCAUUCGAGUGAGCUCUGUAUCGAUCAAGUGCCCACCUUGAUUAUGGUCGAGUUGCUAUCUAUUAUAUUGUUCAAGCCUCUUUCCGAUUUCGUGUUGAAGUUGAUGGUCCACACUAAACACCCAUACCUCGAAGCUUUUUCGAUGUUGUCACAUUUUCGGAGAAGUUUCAAAUUUUGGAGAAGGACCUCAGUCGAGCCUCAUUGGCGGUUCUACCUUCGGCAGUUUGAGGCCCUAAAUUGUGGAGCUAUCAUG